CCGCGGACCGGCGCCUUCCAGACCUGCUGCCCGAUGCUGCGCGCCCUGCCCCGCGCCCUGCGCCCUCCGCGCCCCUGGAGGCCCCACUGGGCCCGCGGUUGCGCUUCCGACGGGGCGGCUGGGGGACCCGAGAUCCAAGUGCGCGCCCUGACGGGCCCCGAACAAGGAAUCACUGAGAUUCUCAUGAACAGACCGCGAGCCCGAAAUGCCCUGGGGUACGUCUUUGUCAGCGAGCUGCUGGAAGCUCUGGCCCAGCUGCGGGAGGACCGACGGGUGCAUGUCCUGCUCUUCAGAAGUGGCGUGAAGGGUGUGUUCUGUGCAGGUGCAGACCUGAAGGAGCGGGAGCAGAUGAGUGAGGCAGAGGUGGGGGUCUUUGUCCAGCGGCUCCGAGGCCUGAUGAAUGACAUUGCAGCCUUUCCUGCGCCCACCAUUGCAGCUAUGGAUGGGUUUGCCUUGGGUGGGGGCCUGGAGCUUGCCCUGGCCUGUGACCUUCGAGUGGCAGCUUCUUCGGCUGUCAUGGGGCUGAUUGAGACCACCCGAGGGCUCCUACCAGGGGCAGGAGGCACUCAGCGGCUGCCCCGCUGCCUGGGGGUGGCACUGGCUAAGGAGCUCAUCUUCACUGGCCGACGACUGACUGGGGUACAGGCCCAGGCACUGGGACUGGUGAACCACGCUGUGGCCCAGAAUGAGGAGGGUGACGCAGCCUACCACCGGGCACGAGCACUGGCCCAGGAGAUCCUGCCCCAGGCCCCCAUUGCUGUACGGCUGGGCAAAGUAGCCAUUGAUCGAGGAAUGGAGGUUGAUAUUGCUUCAGGGAUGGCCAUCGAAGGGCUGUGCUAUGCCCAGAAUAUUCCAACCCGGGACCGACUAGAGGGCAUGGCAGCCUUCAGGGAGAAGCGCCCUCCAAAAUUUGUUGGCGAGUGACCCUCCAUUUAACCUCAUGCAUAGGAGAUACAUG